ACCCCCCUUCACGCCGUCUCUUAGGUCAGCCACUUCGCCCCCAUCCUCUCUCUCUCCCUCACUCAAAAGGAAAAAAGAAUCUCCUUUCUCUCUUUUUCUUUAAAUCUGCGAUCGCCACAAGAAUAAAGAGAGAGAGAGAGAGAGAGAGAGAGAAGAAGAAGAAUGUUUCAAAAGCUCUCUCUCAGAGAGGGUGCAAUAAAAGGCAAAUCCAAAGCGAAAAAGCAGCAGAGGUAGAAGAAAACCGAAGAAGAUCGUCUCCUCUCUCCUCUCCCCUUCAUAUAAAUAGAGAGAGAGAGAGAGAGAGAGAGAGAGAGAGAGAGAGAGAGAGAGAGAGAGAGAGAGAUGGAUUCUGGUGUAUUGGACGACAUCAUAAACCGGCUUCUGGAAGUGAGGGGGAGCAAACCAGGGAAGCAGGUGCAGCUGUCGGAGUCGGAGAUCCGGCAGCUCUGCGUCGUCUCCAAGGACAUUUUCAUGAUGCAGCCUAAUCUCCUCGAGCUCGAAGCCCCCAUCAAAAUCUGCGGUGACAUUCAUGGUCAGUACUCUGAUCUUUUAAGGCUUUUUGAAUACGGCGGAUUACCACCUGCAGCCAAUUAUUUAUUCUUAGGGGAUUACGUGGAUCGAGGCAAGCAAAGCCUAGAGACAAUAUGCCUUCUCCUUGCAUAUAAAAUAAAGUACCCGGAAAACUUCUUUCUCUUGAGGGGUAAUCAUGAAUGCGCUUCUAUAAAUCGGAUAUAUGGAUUUUAUGAUGAAUGCAAGCGGAGAUUCAAUGUGAGGCUGUGGAAAGUUUUCACAGAUUGUUUUAACUGCCUACCUGUGGCAGCUCUCAUCGAUGAAAAGAUUCUCUGCAUGCACGGGGGCCUCUCUCCUGACCUGAAUAAUUUGAAUCAGAUACGGAAUCUAACACGUCCAACUGAUGUCCCGGACACUGGUUUGCUUUGUGAUCUUCUUUGGUCUGAUCCUAGCAAAGACAUUCAAGGAUGGGGGAUGAAUGAUAGGGGGGUUUCUUAUACCUUUGGUCCUGAUAAGGUCUCGGAGUUUCUUCAGAAGCAUGAUCUUGACCUUAUCUGCCGUGCUCACCAGGUUAUAAAUUACCAUUUCAAUGUUGUUGAGGAUGGAUAUGAGUUCUUCGCUGACAGGCAACUUGUGACAAUAUUUUCAGCCCCUAAUUACUGUGGGGAAUUCGACAAUGCUGGUGCUAUGAUGAGUGUGGAUGAAACUCUGAUGUGCUCAUUUCAGAUACUAAAGCCUGCUGAAAAGAAAUCAAAGUUCAACUUUGGCAGUACGACUACUACAAAGCCUGGAACCCCUUCUGGAUUCAAGUCUUCCUUUGGUGCAAAAGCAUGAGAGUAUGUUUCACCGAGUCCGGGCCACGCCAGCUUAACUCACCAUGGUGGUUAUCUGUAGUAACUAAAUCCUGUUUGUUUCAGCACCAAAGGUAAGUGUAGAAGCCUUCUGAUGCAUGUUAUUGGGAAAGAGAAAAAAAACGUGAAAGAUUUUUUCUUUGCGUGGCUGAGAUUUCCAUGUACAUUAGUUAUGGAUGAUUAAAUCAUGCUUAAGGUUUGAUUAGUUCCACUCACCGACCUUUGAGAAAAUUGUCAUGGUUGCCAAUUCUAAGCAGCAUUCCAUGGGAAAGAAUGGUAAGCUGGCUUUUUUUUUUUU